AUGUCUAAUUGGCCAUUAAGUGCAUCAGAAACACAUAUUUCUCUUUCAUAUGGAAGCCUUGGUGCAGCUCUUUAUUCACCUGAAAAUAUAAAAUCAAAAUGGAGUUUUGUUAAAAAUAAAUUAGGUCCUCAUUUGAAAGCACUUGGAGAGAAUAUGUUAGAAUAUGACGGGUCUAUGUUUUUUUUAGAAGAAUCUUUGAUCCAACCAUCUAGAACUAUGCAAGAAAAGUAUUUAAGAGCAAAUUAUCCAGAUAUAUGGGUUCCUCAGGAUAUUUUAAAACCAUGGAUUAAGGAAUCUAAUAUUAUUACAUCAACAUAUAUCCUUCAUGAUCCUCUUCGUGGAAAAUGUCUUACAGAAUGCCAAUUUUGGAACCCAGAAAGUAGAAAUAUAUCAUCUAAAAUGCUCGGAUUUGUAUCUGGAGUAAAUUCUAUGAAUCUUUCAUUGGCAACUAUAAAAAAUCACAAUACAACAAUUUACUGUCGAGAUGAUAUUAAAAAAAGCUUAAAAGUUCCAAAAAUUUCAGAGAUAAUUGACUCGGUAUUUACAUCACAAACACCUAUUAGGCAAAUUUCAGGUAAUUCUAUAAAUAAUAGUAGACACUUAUUAAUUAGAAACCAUACAUCAAGCACUCUAUUUGAAUUAAUUCAUAAUCCUUCAGAACAAACAUCUAUUAAAAAUACAUAUAUUAAUUCAAUUCCUUUAGUAAUAAUAGAAAAUAAUGAUACUGGAAAUUGCGAACAUUCAGAUGUUAUUUUUGACUUUUUUAAUAAAAGAGAGUUAGUAGUAAUUAAUAGAAAAGGACAAUGGAGUCUUUGGGAUAUUGAAGGACGAUACAGAACAAUUGAACAAUCUUCUUCAAAUAUUUUGACAAAUAUCAAAGAAACUGAUGGCUGGUGGAAAAUAGACUGGGCAUCUUCUCCAAGAUCUAUAAUUGUAUCGGGACGUUAUGAGGUUAAAUUGUUUGAUCUCAGAAUACCUUCAAAUCAAAAUUCAUUAUAUUCUUUACAAAGUUCUCAGAAUAUUCUUGAUUUUUGCAAAAUUUCACAAAAUUCAAACGAUUUUUUUAUUCUUUCUACUUCUGAAAUAUAUUGGUUAGAUGAACGCCAACCUGAAAAACCUCUCUUAUCAUGGAAACAUUAUCGUAGUUACGAUCCAUCAUUAAAGUUCAUUAUAGAUGAUUCUAUAAGGAAUUUCAAUUUAAUUUUAUAUUCCAACAUCAAUCCAAUUAAAUCAUGCUAUCAGUUUGAAUUAAAAGGAAGUCUUGCAUUUUCAUCAACUCUUCCUUAUGAAUUACCGAAUUCCCGAAGCACAUCUAUGACGUCUAUUAUUUGUCCUUUAAACAAACAUGACAAUAAGUUUAGAAAAAAAGACUUAGAUGACCAUUUUUUUUUAAAGCUUUAUUCAUUAGUUUCAAAAAAAAAUAUAAUAUCUCAAAUAUAUUAUUAUGCAGAUGAUGAUAUCAAUUAUACUUUUUGCAAUCAUAAAUCUUUACAUUCUGUUAAGAAAAGUAAUAAAUACAUAGAUAAUUCUUCAGAAAAUGAAAGCAUAGAAGAAAAUAAAGAAAUGGAGAGAUCAAUUUUUGAGAGGGACUUUAGGCUAGUAGAUUUUUCUAAUUUGUAUAAUCAAAUAACACACAUAAACGACUUCGUUUUUAGAAAAUUCCUUUUAGAAAGCCAGAAUAAAAAAGGUAAACCAUCAGAAAAUUGUGAAAUACUAAUACUAAGAGAUAUCUAUGCACCAUCCAAAGAAACUAAUUUUGAUGAAAUUUUUUUAUAUUUAAAAAAGAUUUUUCAAGACUAUAUUGAAAAUGGAUGGGAAAUAUAUUCUCUUAUUCCAAAAUCUCAAAAAUUAUUAGGAAUUAUUGACUUUGAUCUUGAAUCAGAUAAUUGGAAUUUCAAAAAUAUCUAUGAUACAUUAAUAAAACACUGGUUAGAUACUUAUGAUCAGAACAAUUCCCCCAAAUACCAUAGAGAGCAUAUUUAUAAGCUUUUUAAAGAUAUUUCAAUAGAAUUAGGUAUAUCAUCUAUAGGAUUAAAACCUCCAGAAUCAUUCAUAAAAUCAAAAAGAAAAUCUUUAAAUAAUUGCUUAUUUGACGAUAACUUUGAGAUAAUUCAAAAUGAUAUAAUCUCAGAAGACAUCUCUUCGCUUCUUGAUGAAUGGAAAAUAGGCAUAAAUCCCAAUUUAUACGAAUGGCAACCAUUUAAUAAAACUUCAAUUAAUACAGAAUUUUUAUACGAACAAAUAUCUUCUGCUCCUCCUAAACUUAUGUCGACACCUUCACUAUUAACCAUUCAAACAUCCGAAAAAAACGAUUUAACCGAUCAAAAAUCCUUAUCUCAACCAUUUAAAAAAAUUAAAACCAAACAACGUAGAGCAGGUUUUUAA